UCUCUGUCUCAUCUGUCUGUGUGAGAGUGAACAACCGUCCAAAUGGCUCAACAGGGAGUUCUGCUGGACCAGGACCAGUUCUGUUGUUCUGUCUGUCUAGAUCUACUGAAGGAACCAGUCACCAUCCCCUGUGGACACAGUUACUGUAGGAGCUGUAUUGAGGGCUGCUGGGAUCAGGAUGUUCUGAAAGGGGUCUAUAGCUGUCCUCAGUGCAGAGAGACCUUCACUCCAAGGCCUAAUCUGAGGAAAAAUAACAUGUUGGCUGAUAUGGUGGAGAAACUGAAGAAGACAGGACUCCAGGCUGCUCCCCCUCUUGCUCUGUGCUAUGCUGGACCUGGAGAUGUGGCGUGUGAUGUCUGCUCCGGGACCAGAAAGCAGAAAGCCCUCAUGUCCUGUCUGGUGUGUAUGGCCUCUUACUGUGAGACUCACCUCCAAUCUCACUAUGAAUCUCCUGCUUUCAAGAAGCACAAGCUGGUCAAAGCCACCGCACAACUACAGGAGAAGAUCUGCUCUCAUCAUGACAAACUGCUGGAGGUUUACUGUCGUACCGAUCAGCAGUGUAUCUGUUUUCUGUGUACAAUGGAUGAACAUAAAGGCCAUGAUACAGUGUCAGCUGCAGCACAGAGGACUGAGAAACAGGUAAGACCAGAACAACUUGUUGGUGACUGUCUGAUAAACAAAUAA